AUGAGUAACUUACAAGUAAUAAGAGUAGCAGAUACAUUGAUAUUCAUAAUAGCCAUUCCGAUAGUCGACACAAGAGAGUACCGCCUAUACAAGUCAAUACCAUUGCCUAUAAAGCAGAAAAAGUCAGUAUAUGCGUUAAUUCAACCAACGAACAAAUACUUAGCCAUGUCCGAGGAUAAUGUGUACUCAAUAUACAUGGAUGACAUAGAGUUAAGCAAAUGUAUACAUAUGCAAGAAUAUUAUAUUUGUUCGAACACACAGACGCACUAUAUUCAAGAAACGGACAAUUGUGAAGCGAAAUUAUUUAGUAGUCAGGAUGGAGAUGUAAUACCGAAAGUGUGUGAAAUAAAAGUUACACGCAUUCAAAAAUUAGUAAUACACAAAUUAGAUAAUGAGAAUGUUUGGUUGUACACAGCAGAGCAACCAGCGACGAUCAACAUAGAUUGUGCGAGGGGAGAACCAGUGUUGCAAACCUUGAAAAACACAGGUACAAUCUCUCUGACGUAUCCGUGUCAUGCGAUAACGAAAGAAUAUGAGCUAACCCCCACCAGAUCGAUAGUGACGAAAACAUCGUAUGAUUUCAUUCCAAGGGUGAACAUAACGGCGAAUAUGAAACAAUAUCACACCAGUAGGAUAGAGGAUGAUUUUCCAAAACUGAAUAAUUCAUACAACCCUGAUUUUCAUUCAUUAGCAAAUAACGCAAAACAAUUAGAUUUAUUAUUAAAGUCACAGGUAGAUAAUAGUGUAGAAUAUGUAACUGUGUCUAAUAUAACAUACGUAACAAUAGGAAUAGGUAUAGGGAUAUUAGUGUUAAUAAUUGUAAUAAGUAAGAUAAGUUUUAGCCUAUACAAGCAAAAUAAAAUGUCAAUGAAUUAUAUUAAAGCAUUAAUCAAUACAAAAUCAGUAGACGACAUACAAUGCGUAGAAAUUAAGUAG